AGAAGGAAAACCAAAAACAAACAUGUCGGAGCACAGAGAGGAGAGCAAUGCUACUCAGCAGCUGCCUCUGGACACAAACCCUCUGAAAUUAGCUGAAUUACUGGACCGUGGUUGCAAACUGUUUGAGGAGGUGGAGAGUACGCAGGACGCGGCUGACUGCAGCAGCGUCCAGGUGAAGGUGAGGCGCGGCAUUCAUCUGCUGGAAGAAGCUUCCAGAAUGGUGAAGGAGCUGCAGCUGUUCAGCGGGAACGAAGACCUGGAAGAAAUAGCUACCAGCGAUUUAAAGUUCCUGCUGCUGCCGGCUCUGCUCGGAGCUCUGACCGUCAAACUGAGCGGGCAGAGCGGACGCUCGGAGAAGCUGCAGACGGCCAGGACCUACUACAUGGACUUCCUGAAGCGGUGUCAGGACUACAAGAUCUCACAGUUCGAGCUGCCGAAGUCAGCGGGGGAAGAGCCGGAGGACCAGAACAGCUCUGUUCUUCAGUCUGGUCCUGGCUCAUCAGAUCUAGUUGCCAUGGCAGCACAAAGAAACAUCAAAAUAGAACGGUACCGUCAGAAGAAGGAGCUGGAAGCCAGGCUGGCUGAGAUGCAGCGAGCUGUGGACAGUGGCCAGGCAGAUGAUGAAGUCAGCAGAGAGUUUUACGUUCUCAGCGUACGCAGAUGGGUUGGCAUAUGCUUGGAAGAAAUACAAAGCGUCGACAUGGAGGUGCUGAUACUGAAGGCGAGGAAUUUUCAGGGGCGUGAAGCUCAUGAGAAGCCUCCCCGUCCAGCGCGGGCUCCCAUGAAGAACUUCAUUCUGACCAAGACUGCUGCACAGGCCCAGGUGUUUGGGCCGGGUUACCCCAGCCUCCCCACCAUGACCGUAGACGAGUGGUAUGAAGAACACCAGAAACACGGAGCGCUGCCUGACCAAGGAAUAGCCAGGAGGCCUGAGCAGGAAGAAGAAGAAGAGGAGGAGGAGGAAAAGACUGACCACGAUGAGGAUGAAGAGUCUCUGCACAAAGCCCGAAGCUGGGACGACUGGAAAGACACUCAUCGCAGAGGUUACGGAAACCGCCAGAACAUGGGCUAACGUGUACAUUAGCCAGAGGUCCACGGUCCAGUGCAGC